GUGUGACGCGGUAUCCGCCUUCUCAUUGGCUGCGUCGGCCAUGUGACGCCGCGUCUGCAAGUCACCGCGUAUGCGCGUGUGUGAUUGUCAGUGGAGAGCGCCGGUGUAAUGGCUCAGGCGGGGCAAUCGAAUCGUCCGCAGUCAGAGGAUCGGCCGCGUCCCCGCAAUGUGUCCCGGGAUGAGGCCCUGUAUCUGGAGGGCUACAGGCACGCCUGCCAUGUCAUGCUGUACGCGCCCACUACCGCCAAGCUGUUCGAGCGGGUCCCUAUUAGAUAUGUUGUGCUGAUGAUGAUGCGGUUUGAUGGGCGUUUUGGUUUCCCUGGAGGGUUUGUGGAUACUAAAGACAGUUCCUUGGAAGAAGGCCUGAACCGGGAAUUACGGGAAGAGCUGGGCUCUACUUUUAACACCUUGGAAGUGACAGAGAAGGAUUAUAGAAGUUCCCAGGCCCGAGAGUUCCCACAGAAGGGCGUCACACACUUCUACACAAAGGAAUUAACAUUGGAGGAUAUAAACGCAAUUGAAAAAGAGGCUGCAUCUGCAAAAGACCAUGGGUUGGAGGUGAUGGGUGUAGUCCGCGUGCCGCUGUACACAUUACGCGAUGGAAUCGGAGGUCUUCCAGCCUUUCUGUCCAAUAACUUCAUUGGGAACUCAAAAAGCCAGCUCCUUUACGGGUUGCGCACCCUGCGCCUCCUACGGGAGGACCAGAUUCAAGACGCUAUGUGGGCCAGCCAGGGUAAUCAGUACUGAGAAUCCUAGAACAAGUCUCGACCUAAACUGUUAAGAUAACACGGUGUGGCGCAAUUUAUAGUGUAAUCGUAUUCGCUGAAUUAUGUCACAUAGCUGAUUCUUCCAUUCAAUUUUUUGGGGGUUUGUGUGUUAUCAUUGUUGUAACCAGUUUAUGAGCUUUAUUAAGAUGCUUGUGUAUAAAUAUAUUUUGGUGUAUUUCCAGUACUAGUGCGUAUAGCUCCAGAAUGUUCCCAAAAGCAGUCAUGCCAGGUUUAUUUUUUCGCUUACAGUUUUAAAGGUUUUCAAUUUGUUUUGGUAACUGUGUAUAUGAACGCAACGCUUUCCCGGAGGCCUGCGAGGAACUGGGCGAUCUUCAUAUCAGGGUCCAGAAGUUUUGGCCUUUUGCCUAACAAAGUGAUGAUCACGCUGAUUAAUAGACAAUAUAUCAACGUGACAGGUAUUUUCAGCGCUGUUAAACUUCAAUUAAUUCACGCAAACUGGAAAGUAUAUCCUAUGGAGACAGCUUUUUUUUGGGGUGGUCUUAACUUUGCUGGCGGUUGAGCUCCCGUUGACCAGCAUACCGGCGCCGGAUUCCCGACAGCCAGCAUACCGACAGUUCUUCUCCCUCUUGGGGGUCCACGACCCCCCCUGGAGGGAGAAUAGAUAGCGUAGCGCGCCACUGUGCCCGCAAGGGGCUUAUUUGCGCUCACCCAGCUGUCGGUAUGCCGGCGGUCGGGAUUCCGGCGUCGGUAUGCUGGUCGCCAGGAGCCCGACCGUCAGCAUAACAUACUACACCCAGCUUUUUUUUCCCCCCAAUUAAUUGUGUAACAUACAAUGAUGCUGUGUAAAUUGGUGUUAUUAAAAAUAUAUUUUCAAUGAAAACAUGAA